ACCUAUAUGCACAACAUGUCUGAACAGCUAGGGAGAAGAAAGAUGGAAGAUCCAGAGGUUAUUAUUGGGAGCUUGAAUCCAAAUGAUACCAGGGGAAAGACCGUUACUUGCAAAGCUGCCGUGGCAUAUGGUCCUGGAGAGCCCUUUGUGGUGGAACGUGUUCUUGUUCAUCCUCCUCAGAAAAUGGAGGUUCGAAUCAAGAUCCUCUUCACUUCAAUCUGCCACACCGAUCUCAGUGCUUGGCAAGGCGAGAAUGAGGCUCAACGUGCAUAUCCUCGGAUUUUCGGCCAUGAAGCUUCCGGGAUUGUGGAGAGUGUGGGUGAAGGAGUAAAUGACAUGAAAGAAGGGGACUUGGUGGUGCCAAUUUUCAAUGGGGAAUGUGGGGAUUGUAAAUAUUGCAAGUGUGAGAAAACCAACAUGUGUGAGAGAUUUGGGGUGGAUCCUAUGAAGAAGGUGAUGGCUAGUGAUGGUGCCACUAGGUUUUCUACAAUGGAUGGAAAACCCAUCUUCCAUUUCUUGAACACUUCAACUUUCACGGAGUACACGGUGGUGGAUUCAGCAUGCGUCGUCAAGAUUCACGUUGAUGGCGAUGGCGACCUCAAUCCCUACAUUAAAAGACUUACCUUACUCAGUUGUGGUGUAUCUACGGGUGUUGGAGCUGCUUGGAAUACCGCUGAUGUGCAUUUUGGUUCAGCUGUAGCUGUCUUUGGUUUAGGUGCUGUGGGUCUCUCUGUAGCAGAAGGGGCACGAGCCAGAGGUGCAUCCAAAAUAAUAGGCGUGGACAUCAAUUCUGACAAAUUUAUCAAAGCCCGAGCAAUGGGCAUCACUGACUUCAUAAAUCCAAGGGAUGAUGAGAAGCCAGUAUAUGAGAGGAUCAGGGAAAUGACUUGUGGAGGUGUGCACUAUAGUUUUGAAUGUACUGGAAAUUUAAACGUUCUAAGGGAUGCCUUCUUGUCAGCUCAUGAGGGUUGGGGAUUGACUGUGAUAUUAGGGAUUCAUCCAUCACCACAAUUGCUUCCCAUCCACCCAAUGGAGUUGUUCCAAGGUCGCAGAAUAGUAGGAUCAGUUUUUGGAGGCUUCAAAGGGAAGACUCAAUUGCCACAUUUUGCCAAAGAAUGCAUGGAUGGAGUGGUGAAGUUGGAUGAUUUUAUCACUCACGAGCUUCCAAUCGAGGAGAUAAACAAGGCCUUUGAUCUUUUAACCGUCGGAAAGUCACUGAGAUGUCUUCUACACUUCUAAAAGAAUUGUGUUUCUGAGUGUUAAUUUCUUUUUUACUUCAGACUCACGUCUAAAACACUAUUACAUAUACCCUAAACCCUAAAGUUCAGUUUCUUUGACAUAAUUUAAAUUCAAGAUAAGCAAUUUCUUUGCUACAUA